UAGGACACCUGAAAACAAUUUUCUAGGAAGGGGAGACAGUCAUGAUAGAGAAAGCUGUUUGAUUUCAAAACACAACAGGAGACCUUAAAACGUCCUAACUGCAAAUCUCAGACUGCAUAAUACAAAAUCAUGAAUUCACUAGAUCCUCAUCCACAUUCUGUUAUGAAGAAUUCCAUACAUUCUGUGUGUGAUUUAUCAAAGAAGUGGAUGAAAUCCCUAUAUUCUAGCGUCCUUGGCUUGGUAAAAUCGCACCCCCGGAUAAGUACAAUCACCAUCAUCGGAACUGGCACUGGCACCGUUGUCUACCUUCUGUAUCGUAUUUGGAAAUCAAAAGGUUCUAGCAUCCUUUGCUUGGUAAAAUCGCAACUCCGGAUGAGUACAAUCACCACCAUCAUCAUUGUCUUCCUUUUGUAUCGUAUUUGGAAAGCAAAAGGUGCUAAUAUCUCUAGCUCAACAAUGUUCCCUGACUGGAUGGAUAUCAUCAUCAUCAACAACACUGGCACUAUUCUCUUCAUUCUUUGGAAUGCAAAAGAUCAACUUCAAAAAGAAAUUGAAGAAGCAAAAGCUUUGGAAGCAGGUGCUAGUAUCUCUAGCUCAAUAAUAUUGCAUCACUGGAUGGAUAAAAUUAUGAUAAUCAACAGUGGCACCAUUCUCUUCAUUCUUUGGAAUGCAAAAGGUGCUAGUAUCUCUAGCUCGACAAUGUUCCAUCACUGGAUGGAUAUCAUCAUCAUCAACAACACUGGCACUACUCUCUUCAUUCUUUGGAAUGCAAAAGAGCAACUGGAGAAAGCAAUUGAAAAAGCAAAACCUUCAGAAGCAGAGCAACUCCAGAAAGAAAUUGAAAAAGCAAAACCUUCAGAAGCAGAACAUGGUGAACUGAGAACUCAAAUAGAAACACUCCAGGGAAAAGAUUACCAACUCCAGACCGAACUUCACCAACUCCAGACCAAACUUCACCAACUUCAGAAUGAACUUGAAUGGAGAAAGGCUCGUAAUGAGACAGAUGACAUCACUCUUGAUGCCGGAACAGCCCACCCCAACCUCUCCAUUGCUGGGGAUAAGAAGAGUUUGAAACAUGAAGCCCAACCUCAAAAAGUUCCAGCAAGUCCAGAGAGGUUUGAUUCGACUGUCUGUGUGUUGGGUUUUGAAGGAUUCUCUUCUGGAAAGCACUACUGGGAGGUGGACGUUAAGAAGAUCAGUGACUGGGACCUGGGAGUGGCCAAAGAAUCAAUACAGAGAAAAGGAAAACUUUCCUUAUCCCCUAAAGAGGGAUUCUGGGCUCUGGGUCUGAGUGGGAGAGAUUAUUGGGCAAAAACAGAUCCAUGGACCCAGGUCAUGGUGCAGAAAAAGCCCCAGAAAAUUGGAGUUUACCUUAAUUACCAAGAUGGGCGGGUGACCUUUUUCAAUGUAACUGACAUGUCUGUGUUGUUCACAUUUAAUGAUUGUUCAUUCUCAGGAGAGCUUUAUCCAUUCUUUAAAAAUUCCCACAAAGAAACAACAAUGAGAGUUUGUUCAAUUAAAGAAGAGUAAUCAAUUUAAAAUGCCAUGAUGUUCCGUUUUGUUGACCAAACACAGCCAAAGCCCUGUGCUGCUUCAUGGCACUGUUGACCAAACUGAAUCAAAGUAACAGAACACUUUGCAGUUAGAAGAAAGGUGAUCUGGAAUAACAUUCCCUGUGAAAUUAUAGUUACAAAUAUUGCUAAUGCUGCAGAGGUGGAUCCCCAAAUAAGGAAUGGAACUGUACUGGAAUCUCACAAACAGAGCUAUUAAUGAUGAAAGCAAUUUUUUUCAUUGCUAACUUCCAGUUUAUCUGGAUUAGGUGUAUUAGCAGAUAAGAGUAAGCAAAUAAUGUCCUAUACUAAUGUUUCUCUGCUAAACUGAAUAACCAAUCUUUGAGUCAGGUAUAAAUACAGAUGGGGAAUGCACCUGAUCUUGAGAAAGCUUGACCAGUUGCACUGCUGUCUUCAGGAUGGGUUGGUAAUUGAUUGACUUUUCUUUUCUGUAUUAUGUUGUACUAAUUUUGAUUAAUAAUUUUUGAUUAAUAAAAGUUGAUUGAGCCUA